AUGUUCCGGUGUCUGAUUGAUAAAGGCAGCCAUCGGCAAAUAGUUGCCAUUUUGAGAAGCAUUCCGCCAGGUUGCACAAGUCUGGAGCUUGCUUUGGGAACGUCGGAUAUGAUUGAUAUCGAUGGACCUGAACUUCAUCUUUGUGAGGGUUUGCGCCCCCUCCUGCGCCGUAUGCAGCAUGUCCACAUCGAUAUGAGCUCUCUGUGUGAUGCAAUGUUUGGCAGCUGGGACUCGGAUGACUGCUUCCAUCCCAUUGUUCUGCCAAAUCUUCAGAGUCUUCAUGCUCCCUGCGUUGGCAUGCAGAACAAGACAUCAUACCCAGAAAGACACCGGCAGGAUCAGGGGUCACUCUGGAAAUCGAUCAUCACGGUUUUACAGCUAGUAAUUGAGCUACCAGAUACCGCUGAUGCAUAUAUCACCGUCUUGGGAUCCGUGGCGCCGUUGAGCUCCUACAAGCUGGACAUUUACACGACACUGUUGCGCUGUCAGAUAGGAAAAGGGCAGACUACGACUUGGGCAUUUCCCACUACCAAAUACGUAGUUAAGGGGGAGCUACAAGGUCGUAGUUGGAAGUUGCCGCUCGUCUACAUACGUUUGAACCACGAGACGUACAUGACGGGGGGGAAAUGGAUUUACACGCUAGCUGCCAGACGGCCGUGGAGAAUACUGAACACAGACGCGAGGCUGCCUGCACCUUGGAGUAGCAGUGCAGAAUGGAUGCCAGACGAGAAGCUCAAGAUCCGGGCCUGGGGGAAGUGUGCGAAGGGGAAUCUAGGUGAAGUGCCUAUGCUGCUGAAGAAUGAGGAACUCGCGGGGAUAAGGCUUAUAGAUGCGGAGGAGCGUGAGGGCUGUGAAGAGGUUUGUUUGGUGAAGACGCCGGCUGGGUUUGUCAGACCAAGCCGCUGGCACCGAGGCCAGCUUUUCAGGGCAAGUGGAGAAUAA